GAGUCAGGAGCGCUGCUCCUGGGGGUGGAGGGUUGGGCAGGGUUGGGCUGACAGGUGCCCCAGGUGCACACGCGGGAGAGGACAGAGUGCUUUUCCCCUAAUUUGGGGCUCACGGGUGGCUAGAGGGGAAGGAACCAACUCUAACCCUGGAGGCCCUGUGGAGGGCAGGCCUUCCCGGGAUCCUGCUCACCUGGCCUCAGCUCACGUGGCAUCUUCUCAUGUGGGCUCAGCUCAAAUCCUGGGACGUGUGCUGCCCUGGGUGAGCUCAGACUGGUCGGAAUUUGAGGGGGCCGCAUCUAGGGGAAGCCGAGGUUGGGGCCAUCGGCCCAACAAAGAAUCUCCGUUUACUCUUGGGGACGGGCAUGUGUGGCCAAGCCCCGUGCGCACAGCUCCGUGUGGCAAAGCCCCGUGCGCACAGCUCCGUGUGGCAAAGUCCCGUGUGCACAGCUCCGUGUGGCAAAGCCCCGUGUGCACAGCUCUGUGUGGAAAAGCCCCGUGUGCAGGGGCCCUGGGCUCACGAGUAUCUCCCCCCAGGCACUACGUGGGCGUGUUCUCCGCCAUGGAAUACGUCUUCCUGUUCCAGUUUGUGUACGCGGCCUACAGGCCCAUGGCGACAGCCGCGGGCGAGCUCAUCUGUAAGAGGCUCCUGGCCCCUCCACCCCACGAAGGUUUCUUUGGUCAAGAGCCCCCUGAUGAGUUUGAUAGAAAUCUCCAGAACAUGAAGACGCUUAUCGACUUCUACCUGCAGGGCGAGCACUGACGAACCAGCAGGAAAGAGUGCUCAUUGAGAUGCUCGUGGCCGCCGUGCGACAGGCUGCAGAGGGCCGCCCACCUGCCGGCCGCCGACUGGGCAAGAAAGCGGCCAGGGAGGUGGACAGGACCCGCCGCUGGCGUGAGCAUGCCAACAUGAGCCGACACUUUGUCAAGGUGCUGCCCCGGCUGCUCUCCAAGUUUGCAGCAGACAAAGAGAAGGUGACCCCCCUCCUGCAGAUCCCACAGUAUUGCAACCUGGACGUGUACGACAUGGACGGCCUGGGCUCGUACCUGGACGCAGCCCUGCUAGAGCUGGACUGCCUGGUGCAGCGGCACUCGGACGUGGCGGUGCUGGAGGCCUGUGCCCGCGCCUACGGCACCUACUGUGACGAAGGGGGCUCUGCCCACUGCCAGGCUGCCCCCGCCUGCAGCCGGCUGGUGGACAUGCUGGUGGACGUGCUGACCCCACUGCUGGACGUGUUCAUCCAACGCGAGAAACAGGGCCUGUUCCUUGGACACGGUGAGAUGGGGCGGAUCUGCUCCACGCUGCGGAGACUGGCUGCCUUCUACAGUGCACACGACCUGAGCAGCUGGAACCUGUACGAGAAGAUGGAUAGCCUGCUUACUUUCCGCAGGCACCAGGGCAGCCUGCCCACUGAGGUUGUCCACUGUGCACUCCAGUGCACCUACUAUGCGCUCCUGUGGCAGAUCGUCGCGGCCACGGACCGGCUGCCGCCCCAGGUGGGUGACGGGCGCGGAGGAGGUCAGGUGUGGUCCGCAGUAGUCUGGGAGGAGGGGAAGAUGGAGCGGGACAGGGCCGUCAUUGCCGCUUUGACAGGCGUCCGCCCCCACCACUGGCUGGCGUCCGUCCUCCCCGGGUCUGGCCAAGGCUCCUGGACUCUGACAUGAGAGCUGACUUGGGGUCAUGGCCGACACCGCCAUGCAGCCUGUCCACCUGCCACGCGGAGCGAGGCUCAGGUGAUCUCUGAGUACCUGCUUCUGUGUGCGCUGGGUGAGACCCUUGUCCUUGGCUGCUGGCCAGUCCCUUGGUUUGAAGCCAGCCACACUUUGGGGCUGUAUUUAUGGUUUCCUGGAAAUCUGCAGGCCUGAGUUCCUUGGGAUGUAGUAUGGACCAGUGUGGGGAGAAUAUGGUGUGGGGGACCAUGGAGAUAUA